AUGAACAAGUUUCUUCUUCUACUACUCAUUUGUACAGUUGGCUCGACUAUAAGUAAAAAAGGCAUGACUUUCAUGAAGUACACACAUGAUGCCCGCUUUGGUAUUGACAAUCUCAGCUGUUAUGCGCCAUCCGAUUUCAAGGGUGUACCAGUCUGUGACGCAUACAACGGCGAUACAGACUGCGAGAAUCUGUUACCAGUACUCUGCGUGAAAGUGGACGAUAGUCCUCGCCCAGCCUAUCCAGUUACAGGUGAAGGAGCUGCGAUGCCAGUGUGGAAUUAUUUUGGAUGGGGUCGCGGUCAUGUUGCUUCUACUAAACCGGUUAAAGCGAGCCAAUUUCAAACUCGAGAAGCUGUUGAUGCUUUUUGUGCAGACGCUUUUGGUAGCGGUUGGAAGGUACAGUCUUGGCAAGAUAUGAGCAAAUGGAUAAGUGGCAUGGGCGGAGUGGACGGUAUGAAGUAUUCAGGUAGCGAAUGGAGUGCUAAUGCAGACAAAAUGCAAAGUGGAGGGUGGGGUUUCUAUGCAUAUGGUAACCUGAGAAAUGAUACACGUUUAUGGAUGGACGGACCCCAUGAUCAAGUUUCUACAUGUUGGGCACACUGA